AUGAAGAACGGAUUCAUAGUUUGGACAGGUCAAGCCGGGACGGUGGCCACCAUAUCCCGGAUCGUCAUUGAUCGGGAUCGGGAGCUUGCAGCCUUAACCCAACCCGGGACCUUUCGAGAGUCUCGGAUAGAAGAUGAUGAUGUGACUGACUUGAUCAAGAAUGACCCCGGGGUGGCAGAUAUGCCCGCCUUGGAAGAUGCAGUGGAUGAUGAAUUCGGAAUCGUCAUUGCCUCGCCCCAGCCUUUUCCGGGUAAAUGGGAAGAGGGAGACCUAGCGGAUUCCGGAGUAUACGACUUGGACGAGUUUACUCCCGACUACAAGGAGAUACGUCAAGACUUCGAGCAACACGAGACGUUUAGACCUCUAACUGGCGAUGAGACUAUAUCAAUCAACUUGGGCGAUGAGGAAAAUCCUAAAGAGAUUAAGAUAGGGGCGAAUCUUUCCCCGGAAAUGUCGCGACACUCGGUUCCAAUCGAAAUCAUGGGUCUUUCUUCCUUGGCGAUCUUCUUCAGUCUAGCGCAUAAUAAUUUAAGUGGAUCUCUUCCUUGGAAAAUUGGCUCUUUAAUAAAUCUCGGCAAAUUAGAUCUGUCUUACAACAGAUUGAGCGGCUUACUUCCGGCCUCCAUUAGUGGGUGCGUGAGAUUGGAAUGGCUUCAUUUAGAAGCUAAUUCUUUUCAUGGUCAAAUCCCCCAAGCUUUACAUCUAUUACGGGGUCUACAAGAGCUGGAUCUUUCCAAUAAUAAUUUUUCUGGUCCAAUCCCGAGCUUUCUUGCAGAGCUCUCACUUCUCAAUUACUUGAAUAUAUCCUUCAAUGAACUAGAAGGACAAGUUCCAAAGGGCGGAGUUUUUCUUAAUGCAAGUGCCGUAUCUAUUUCUGGAAAUAAACAACUCUGUGGAGGUGUUCCUGGUCUAAUGCUUCCUCUUUGUAAAUUGCCAAGCUCAAACAAGUCUUCUACAACUACGGCCAUAGUUAUAUCUGUGGUGGCUGGCAGUUUGUUAUGUUUGGCUUCGUUGUUCCUGUCCGUCUUUUGUUACCGCAAAAAGAAGCAGACGAGAGGCGAUGACACGACAUCAUCGUCCUUGGAGCAACAGUUCUUGAGGAUUUCUUAUGAAGUACUUCUAAGAGCUACUGACAGAUUCUCCGAGACCAAUUUGAUUGGUCAAGGGAGAUACGGCACGGUUUAUAAAGGGAUUCUUGACGACGGUGCCACGGUGGCAGUGAAGGUGCUCAAUUUAAUGCAAAGAGGUGCUUCGAGGAGUUUUGUCUCUGAAUGUCGAACUCUAGGAACCAUUAGACACCGAAACCUUGUGAAGAUACUAAGCGUUUGUUCAAGCGUGGACUUUCGUGGCAAUGACUUCAAAGCUCUAAUAUAUGAGUUCAUGGCUAAUGAAAGCUUGGAGGAGUGGCUGCACCCUGGGACUAUAGAACAAGAUGAUGAUUGUGGCAAAUCGAGAAAUCUGAGACUAGUGCAGAGGUUAAACGUAGCCAUCGAUAUAGCUACUGCGAUCGAAUAUAUGCAUAAGGGUUGUUCUUUAGCAAUAGUCCAUGGAGAUUUGAAGCCAAGUAAUGUGCUCUUGGACAAUGACAUGGUGGCUCGAGUUGGAGAUUUUGGGCUUGCAAAGAUCAUUGCAACAAUGUCUACCGAAGCCACAGGAGUGCAGGAUCAGGGCAGUUCAACUUCAACUGCGGUCAGAGGAUCCAUUGGCUAUGUGCCUCCCGAGUAUGGCAUGGGACACAAGGUUUCCACACUUGGGGAUGCAUACAGUUAUGGCAUUCUAUUAUUGGAGAUGUUCACUGGGAAGAGACCCACUGAAGAGGCCUUUGGGCACCAUCUUAACCUUCAUAGCUUUGUCCAAAUGGCUCUUCCAGAUCGGAUGAUGGACAUUGUAGACUUAAGGCUUUGGAAAGAAGCUGGCGAUCGACAACAAGAGAUCAAGAUGAGAGAUUGCAUAAUCUCCGUAUUCGAAGUUGGAGUUGCAUGUUCAAUGGAAUCACCGCCGGAUCGGAUGGACAUGACUGAGGCGAUCAGGAAAUUAUGCUCUAUCAAGGCAAGUUAUGAAACCAGGGAGAGGAUGACAGGUAUGUAGCUAAGUCAAUCUUCUCAUUUCAUUUUGGAACUCUUUCACUAGUAGAGACAAUCAUCAUGCAAAGGCAGUGCUAGCAAAUUGACGUGAACGUCUCCCUAACUAGUCUGCCUACCCAUACCUAUUCUGUCUUUUUUUAAUAAUUACACCAAUAUCUAUAUUUAAGGACUGUA